UUCAUCAUGUCAUGUGCUGUCAGCACAAUUCCUGCAACCAACAAUGUGCGUGGCUUUGGUGAUACUCUCCGGCGCGAUUGCGCUGGCUGUGCCUCCACCGGCGCAGGCAUUUUUAUCUCCUGUGACAAGGUUUACAUUCCCUCAGGGGACGUCUGAUUCAAUGCACGGGCGCAACAACGCCAUAUUCGCCGUGUCCGGGAAGUUGACGGUACGCGCUGAGGGCAGUGUGGUGUGCCCCCACGCGGGGAGCAAUUUGCGAUGCCCCCCGGCGGGCACCGGGGGACUGAGCGCUCGAAAUCACCUCCUCUGCCGCCGUCGGCCGUUGACAUGGGUCUCGGCCGCAACUUCAUCGGCGGGCGAGGGGGGUGACGUGGGAGGUGCUGCCGGGGACCCUGGUGCAGACGGCGCAACGGGAGCAGAAGGAGAGGGCGUGUCAGGUGCAGCGGCUGAGUCGGCGAGAAAACCGUCCGAACCCGCGGGAGCGUCAGGGGCGAUGGAAGACGAGCUGCUGGCCCAGCUGGUCGGGCAGGACUACGGCAUGUUGGCCCUCUUGCGGAACGACAAGUUCAAGGGCUUGAUUGUGUUGUUGAGAAACUUGCCACCGGACGAGUGGGUCGCGGAGGUGGCGAGGGCCUACCCAGACGACGACGAAGUUAAGUCGAUGAUGGGGCAGGUGGGGAAGCUGAUGCGGAUGAUCGACUACUACCAGAAGAACCAGCCCAAGAAGUAGUCAACAAGCACGUGCCUCGGCCGUGCCCCCCCCCCCCCCCCCCCCCCCCCCCCCCCCCCCCCCCCCCCCCCCNCCCCCCCCCCCCCCCGCCUUCGGUGUGGUCCGAACGCUUGUUCUCAGGGCGGUUUGCCGGUGAGCGCCGUUCGUUGACAACGCUGCAUCACCCCGAACCCGAAAGGUUGUGCGUUUUUUGUCCUCCCGAGCGCGCGGGGGGCAGCGGGUUCGGGUUCGGGUUGGUUGCUGCUCUUUUUGAUCCUGUCCGGGUUUGUACGUUUCGCCGGGGCGACGGGGUCUCGGUUUCUGUCAGGGCCAAGAGGCUGGGCAAGCAGCGGUGACUGCGACGUUAUCCCGGCGGAGAAGCUGGCAAAGAACGCUGCUACGCUACUGCUGUACAGCAGCAGCGUCUUGUAGACAGUGUUGCCUGCCGGACCUGCUCUUGUCUCACUCUGUCCCGCAAGUAGAGAGACCGUAGGCAAUGAUGUUGACGAUUGGAAUAUAUUGGUUAUCUCCAGGGCUGUCCCCGU